AUGUUCAAGCUCGCCCGCAGCAGGCAGGCCGCCUCUGCGCUCCAGGCCGUCAAGCAGAGACGCAACCUCUCCAUCCACGAGUACCGCUCCGCCAAGCUCCUCGAGACCUACGGCAUCGGUGUCCCCAAGGGUGAUGUCGCCCACUCCGCCGCCGAGGCUGAGCAGGUCGCCAAGGGCAUCCGUAUGCUCCACCACCAAACCCACACACACGUCCCCGUGCUGAUUACUCGCAGCNNUGGCGAUGACAUGGUCAUCAAGGCUCAGGUUCUUGCUGGCGGUAGAGGCAAGGGUCACUUCGACAACGGCUUCAAGGGUGGUGUCAGAGUCGUCUACUCGCCCAAGGAGGCCUCGAUCCUCGCCAACGAGAUGAUUGGACACAAGCUCAUCACCAAGCAGACUGGCGAGAAGGGUCGCAUCUGCAACUCGGUCUACAUUGUCGAGCGCAAGUUCGCCCGCCGCGAGUUCUACCUCGCCGUUCUCAUGGACAGAGCUAGCCAGGGCCCCGUCAUUGUCGCUUCCUCGCAGGGUGGUAUGGACAUUGAGGCCGUCGCCAAGGAGAACCCCGAUGCCAUCAUCACCACAAAGGUCGACAUCCACAAGGGCGUCACCGAUGACAUGGCCAAGAAGAUUGCUACCGAGCUCGGCUUCUCCCCCCAGUGCAUCGAAGAUGCCGCCGACACCAUCCAGAAGCUGUACAAGGUCUUCAUGGAGAAGGAUGCUACCCAGAUCGAGAUCAACCCUCUCUCCGAGACCUCGGACCACCAGGUUCUCUGCAUGGACGCCAAGCUCAACUUCGACGACAAUGCCGACUUCAGACAGAAGCAGGUCUUCGAGUGGCGCGACACCACCCAGGAGGACGCCGAUGAGGUCAAGGCCGCUGAGUCUGGCUUGAACUUCAUCAAGCUCGAUGGUGACAUUGGCUGCCUCGUCAACGGCGCCGGUCUCGCCAUGGCUACCAUGGACAUUAUCAAGCUCAACGGAGGUCAACCCGCCAACUUCCUCGACGUUGGUGGUGGUGCCACUCCCGCCGCCAUCAGAAGUGCCUUUGAGCUCAUUACCAGCGACCCCAAGGUUACUGCCAUCUUUGUCAACAUUUUCGGUGGUAUCGUCCGUUGCGACGCCAUUGCCACCGGUCUCAUCCAGGUUGUUCAGUCCAUGAACCUCAGAAUCCCUAUCAUUGCCCGUCUCCAAGGUACCAACAUGGAAGCCGCCCACAAGCUCAUCAACGAGAGUGGCAUGAAGAUUUUCAGCAUCGAUGACCUCCAGAACGCUGCCGAGAAGGCCGUUCAAUUCUCAAAGGUCGUCAAGAUGGGUAAGUUUGGUCAAUCAUUCUUUUCAAGCUUCAAGCCGCUAACAUGCUCUUCACANGCCCGUGACAUCGACGUCGGUGUCGAGUUCUCUCUCGGUAUCUAA